GGGAUGCCAGUGUCCGGAGGCCACGCGCCGUCUCCCGCAGCCUGCCCCGCGGCCCUUUACACCUAGCGGGCCGGGCUCUCACUAAUGUUUAACUCGCCGGGGCCGAAACUUAGGAGCGCCGAGCGAUUCGGAGGCCAGGAGCGGCGGGGCUGGACGCGCGUCUGGGCGGCUGGUCUGACUUCGCCUGCCCGCCCCGCUCCGGACGCUCAGUUCCGAGGAGACGCCGACGAUGAAGACACAAUGGAAGGUGCUCCUGGGACUGCUGGGGAUUGCUGCGCUCGUCACCGUCAUCACUGUGCCAGCGGUUCUGCUCAACAAAGGCAACGAUGCUGCAGCUGAUCAUCGUAGGACCUACACUCUCACUGAUUAUUUAAAAAGUACACUUAGAACAAAGAACUACAACUUGCGAUGGAUUUCAGACCACGAAUAUCUCUACAAACAAGAAAAUAAUAUCUUGCUAUUCAAUGCCGACUAUGGAAACAGUUCCAUUUUCUUGGAGAACAGUACAUUAGAUAAAUUUGGAUAUUCUGUAACUGACUAUUCAGUAUCUGCUGAUAGACAGUUUGUUCUCUUCCAGUACAACAAUGUGAAGAAAUGGAGACAUUCCUACACAGCUUCAUAUGACAUGUAUGACUUAAAUACAAGGCAGCUGAUUACAGAAGAAAGAAUUCCAAAUGACACACAAUUAAUCACAUGGUCACCAGAGGGUCAUAAAUUGGCAUAUGUAUGGAACAAUGAUAUUUAUGUUAAACAUGAACCAAAUUCACCAAGUGAGAGGAUCACAAGUAAUGGGAAAGAAGAUGUAAUAAGUAAUGGAAUAACUGACUGGGUUUAUGAAGAGGAAAUCUUCAGUACCUACUCCGCUCUGUGGUGGUCUCCAAACGGUACAUUUUUAGCAUAUGCCCAGUUUAACGACACUGAAGUCCCACAUAUUGAAUUCUCCAUGUACCUCGAUGAGUCACAGCAGUACCCAAAGACUAUGCAGAUUCCAUAUCCAAAGGCAGGAGCUACGAAUCCAACUGUACAAUUCUUUGUGGUGAAUACUGACAUUAGCCCCAAUCCAGGUUCCGUACAAAUCCUUGCUCCUGCUUCUAUGUUAACAGGGGAUCACUACUUGUGUGACGUGACAUGGGUAAACCCAGAAAGGAUUUCUUUGCAGUGGCUCCGCAGGAUUCAGAACUAUUCAAUAAUGGACAUUUGUGACUAUGAUGGGUCCAGUAAAAGAUGGGAUUGCUCCGUGUCACGGCAACAUAUUGAAACAAGUACUACUGGCUGGGUUGGAAGAUUUAAGCCUGCAGAACCUCAUUUUACCUCUGAUGGGAAUAGCUUCUACAAGAUCAUGAGCAAUAAUGAGGGCUACAAACACAUUUGUCUUUCCCACAUAGAUAAGAAUGAAUGCAUAUUUAUCACAAAAGGACCCUGGGAAGUCAUCAGGAUAGAAGCCCUUACCAACGAUUACCUAUACUACAUCAGUAAUGAAUAUAAAGGAAUGCCAGGAGGAAGAAAUCUUUAUAAAAUCCAACUAAGUAACCACAAAAACGUGGUGUGCCUUAGUUGUGAGCUGGAUCCGAAAAGGUGUCAGUACUAUUCUGUAUCGUUUAGUAAAGAGGCAAAGUACUAUCAGCUGAGAUGUUUGGGCCCUGAACUCCCUCUCUAUACUCUGCAUAGCAGCAGCAAUGACAAAGAGCUGAGAGUCCUGGAAAAUAAUACAGCUUUGCAUGACAUGCUGCAGGACAUCAAGAUGCCAUCGAAAGUGCUGGACUACAUUACUUUGAAUGAAACGAAAUUUUGGUAUCAGAUGAUCUUGCCUCCUCAUUUUGAUAAAUUCAAGAAAUAUCCUCUACUAAUAGAUGUGUAUGCAGGCCCCUGUAGUCAAAAAGCAGAUGCCACCUUCACACUCAACUGGGCUACUUACCUUGCAAGUACAGAAAAUAUUAUAGUAGCUAGCUUUGAUGGCAGAGGAAGUGGUUACCAAGGAGAUAAGAUCAUGCACGCAAUCAACAGAAGACUGGGGACACUUGAAGUUGAAGAUCAAAUUGAAGCAGCCAGACAAUUUUCAAAAAUGGGAUUUGUGGAUGACAAGCGAAUUGCAAUUUGGGGCUGGUCAUAUGGAGGGUACGUAACCUCAAUGGUCCUGGGAGCAGGCAGUGGCGUGUUCAAGUGUGGAAUAUCUGUGGCGCCCGUGUCGGCAUGGGAGUUCUACGACUCAGUGUACACAGAACGUUACAUGGGCCUCCCAACUCCAAAUGACAACCUUGACCAUUACAAGAAUUCAACAGUCAUGAGCAGAGCUGAAAAUUUUAAACAAGUUGAGUACCUCCUUAUUCAUGGAACAGCAGAUGAUAACGUUCAUUUCCAGCAGUCAGCUCAGAUCUCCAAAGCCUUAGUGGAAGCUGGAGUGGAUUUCCAGGCAAUGUGGUAUACUGAUGAAGACCAUGGAAUCGGUACCAACAUGGCACACCAACAUAUAUAUACCCACAUGACCCACUUCAUAAAACAGUGCUUCUCUUUACCUUAGCACCUCGAAACAGCAUGCCAUUUAAAGCGCAUUGAAACCCAUUUUGUUCUCCUUAUCUUAAAACCGCCCUUUCAUGAUCUUGAACAAAAGAUACUCAAAUCAAGAAAUUUAAGGUUAACUUUGUUCCCAAAGUUCAUAUCUAGAACCCUAAAUGGGGACUUCUGUCUCUGAAACAGAUUAUUACCUUGCAGAAAUUUGAAUGAUUCAAUCUGGUUUUGUUUAUUCUUUAAAAUCAUUUCCACAUCAGUUGCUGAAACAAUUAUGAAUUGUUUUUAUGGGAGCUUUGCAUAGGUUUCCUGGGAAGCAUUUUAUUUUUUUCUAACUGGACUAGUCCAAAUCUUGUUCUCUUCUUUAAAGGGAUGGCAGGAUGUGGGCAGUGAUGUCACUGAAGCAGAGCUAUGAAGAGGUAGGGAGAGAAGCUAGCCGGGCAUGGCUGAGAACCCAAGUCCAAGUACACUGACCUGACCGGGCAGUUAACUGUCAGCUCCCCUCAGAGAAGAGCUGUUCACAGGCAGAAUGGCACAGUUUUUCUGAGAAACGCUAUUCAAACUGUCUCAGGAAAUCAUCUAUGCAAAGCACUGACUUCUGAGUAAAACCACAGCAGGUGAACAGACUCCAAAGAAAUAAGAGGGAAACUGCCAACCAUGCAAAGCCCCGGAUGCCAGUCAUGGCUAUAGGUGCUACAAAAACACAGCCAGGGUGGUGGCAACGCGUUGUAAAUGUGCUUUGAAAAAUACUGAUGUUUCCUCCUGAAAGAGGCAGCUUGGAACUGAGAUGUGAACACCAGCUUGCCCUGUUAAAAGAUGAAAAUAUUUGUAUCAUAAAUCCUAACUUGAAGGAGUCCUUGCAUCAAUUUAUCUUAUUUCUUUGAGCAUCUUAAUUGAAAGAAUAUUUUUACUUCCCUGGACGUGUUUUUAAAAAUUAAAAAUAACUAUAAAAUUAUGUAUUCUUAUUGCCAUUCUACAUACUGUAGAAUUUCUUCUGGUCAUUUAAUAAAUGCGUCUUCAUUUUUUUCAGAGGUAGUGAGUUUUGUGUCUUGAAUCAGACCUAAAUCACUUUGGCACAUGGACAGAUUUAUCCAGAAAGGCUCUUGUUUAUUUUGCUUGUUAUCCCAGACAGCCUUGUAAAU